UUCAGAAGCUACCUGGCAGACACUGGAGCCACGAUGAAGCCCCCAGGACCUGUCUAUACCUGCAGCAAAGUGCUGGUCCUGCUUUCACUGCUGGCCAUCCACCAGACCACAACUGCCCAACAGGUAGAUAUUGACAUCUACAGCCUUACUGUGGACUCCAGGGUGUCUUCCCGGUUUGCCCACACAGUCGUCACCAGCCAAGUGGUCAACAGGGCCAAUACUGUGCAGGAGGCUACCUUCCAGAUGGAGCUACCCAAGAAAGCCUUCAUCACCAACUUCUCCAUGAUCAUCGACAGCGUGACCUACCCAGGGAUCAUCAAGGAGAAGGACGAAGCCCAGGCGCAGUACAGCACAGCAGUGGCCAGGGGAAGGAGUGCUGGCCUCAUCAAGGCCGCCGGUAGAAACAUGGAGCAGUUCCAGGUGUCGGUCAGUGUGGCUCCAAAUGCCAAGAUCACCUUCGAGCUGGUCUAUGAGGAGCUGCUCAAACGGCGUCUGGGGGUGUACGAGCUGCUGCUGAAAGUGCGGCCCCAGCAGCUGGUCAAGCACCUGCAGAUGGACAUUCACAUCUUCGAGCCCCAGGGCAUCAGCUUCCUGGAGACAGAGAGCACCUUCAUGACCAACGAGCUGGUAGAUGCCCUCAUCACCUCGCAGAAUAAGACCAAGGCUCACAUCCGGUUCAAGCCAACGCUCUCCCAGCAGCAAAAGUCGCCAGAGCAGCAAGAAACAGUCCUGGACGGCGACCUCAUUAUCCGCUAUGAUGUGGACCGAGCCGACUCUGGGGGCUCCAUUCAGAUCGAGAAUGGCUACUUUGUACACUACUUUGCCCCCGAGGGCCUAACCACAAUGCCCAAGAAUGUGGUCUUUGUCAUUGACAAGAGCGGCUCCAUGAGUGGCAGGAAAAUCCAGCAGACCCGGGAAGCCCUAAUCAAGAUCCUGGAUGACCUCAGCCCCAGAGACCAGUUCAACCUCAUCACCUUCAGUUCAGAAGCAACCCAGUGGAGCCCAUCGCUGGUGCCAGCCUCAGCAGAGAAUGUGAACAAGGCCAGGAGCUUCGCUGCCGCCAUCCACGCCCUGGGAGGUACCAACAUCAAUGAUGCGGUGCUGAUGGCUGUGCAGCUGCUGGACCGCAGCAACCGCGAGGAGCGGCUGCCCACCCGGAGCGUCUCGCUCAUCAUCCUGCUCACGGACGGCGACCCCACCGUGGGGGAGACUAACCCCAGGAACAUCCAGAAGAACGUGCGAGAAGCUGUAAGUGGCCAGUACAGCCUCUUCUGCCUGGGCUUCGGCUUCGAUGUCAGCUACGCCUUCCUGGAGAAGCUGGCGCUGGACACCGGUGGCCUGGCCCGGCGCAUCUAUGAGGACUCGGACUCUGCCCUGCAGCUCCAGGACUUCUACCAGGAAGUGGCCAACCCACUGCUGACAGCGGUGACCUUCGAGUACCCGAACAACGCCGUGGAGGAGGUCACUCAGGACAACUUCCGGUUCCUCUUCAAGGGCUCGGAGAUGGUGGUGGCUGGGAAGCUCCGGGACCAGGGGCCUGAUGUGCUCACAGCCAAAGUCAGUGGGCACCUGACUAUGCAGAACCUCACUUUCCAAACGGAGUCCAGUGUGGCAGAGCAGGAGGCGGAGUUCCAGAGCCCCAAAUAUAUCUUUCACAACUUCAUGGAGAGGCUGUGGGCAUAUCUGACUAUCCAGCAGCUGCUGGAGGGAACUGUCUCUGCGUCCGAUGCUGAACAGCAGGUCCUGCGGACCCGAGCGCUGAACUUGUCACUUGCCUACAGCUUUGUCACGCCUCUCACAUCUAUGGUAGUCACCAAACCUGAAGACCAAGAACAGUCUCAAGUUGCUGAGAAGCCAGUGGAAGGCGAAACUAGAAACAGUAAUAUUCUCGCUCUCUCUGUCUCCCAUCCAGAUAGUAGAUACAGGAAUGUCCACCCAGGUUACGCUUUCUUCAGACAUCAUGUCCAGGGAGCCCCGAGGGCAAAAAUACCAAAAACAGGUUACAAAGAAGGAGCUGGAGUUUCUGGAUUCCGGACAAAUUUCGGAACUGGAGGUGUUGGCUUCAGGAAACUUGGACUGCCAGGGCCUCCUGUUGCUUCUGACCCUGCAGCUUUCCACCCCUUCCGCCUUCUGGCCUUGUCUCCACCAGCCCCCUCAAAUCCUGAUUCAGCUGUGUCUGGUGUCAUGAAUAUCGAAACCAAAGAAACAUCUAUGACAUCCCAAACCCCAGCCUUCAUACAGGCUCCUUCUGCCAUCCUGCCACUGCCUGGGCAGAGCGUGGAGUGGCUCUGUAUGGACCCCAGAUACCGCCACGGGCCAGUGAACCUGCUCUCAGACCCUGAGCAAGGGGUUGAGGUGACUGGCCAGUCCCAGAUGGAGAAGGCUGGGUUCUCAUGGAUUGAAGUGACCUUCAAGAACCCCCCAGUACGGGUUCACGCAGCCCCUGAACAAGUGGUGGUGACUCGGAACCGAAGAAGUUCUGCAUACAAGUGGAAGGAGACGCUGUUCUCAGUGAUGCCUGGCCUGAAGAUGACCAUGGACAAGACAGGUCUCCUGCUGCUCAGCGACCCAGACAAAGUGACCAUUGGCCUGUUGGCCUGGGAUGGCCCUGGAGAGGGGCUCCGGAUUUUUCUGCGUGACACUGACCGCUUCUCCAGCCACGUUGGCGGGACCCUUGGCCAGUUUUACCAGGAGGUGCUCUGGGGAUCUCCAGCACCAUCGGAUGACAGCAGACGCAUGCUGAGGGUUCAGGGCACUGACCACUCUGCCACCAGAAAGCGCAAGCUGGAUUACCAGGAGGGGCCCCCGGGAGUGGAGAUUUCCUGCUGGUCUGUGGAGCUGUAAUUCUGAUGGAAGAAACUGUGUUCACUCUGUACAUUUGGCUGCCCCUGCAACUAGAGGGCCGCCUCUGGGGCCUGGACCACCAUAGGGAGAAAGAGUCUCAUUCAUUACAAAUAAAGACAGGUGGUGUGAGCCCAGGAA